GAACAAUGACCAAUACAUAAGAGUAAGUUCAUUUUUGCUGACAUUUGCUGUCUGCAAAAUUCUGCCCUUUGUGUACAAAUCAUUUGAAUUGAUUAUCCAUGUGUUAUCUAGCGGAUGUUUGUGGUGGAGGUGGAGGUUGAGGUUGGUAAUGGGAAACUGAGAACCACUGGAUGUUUUGUUCCAGGAAAAACAUGUCCAAACAUACAUCGGCCUUUCAUCAGGGUUAAAAGGUUUGCUGGGGCAGAAAGCAGGUUCCUGAGUUAUUAUGGCAGCUCCAGUUAUUAAAUGAACCAUUAUGAGAAAACAUGUCACCUUUCUCAGACCAGCUGUGAAUCAUUAGUGCGGGCCAUAUGUUGAGAAAUCAAGGACACUUUAGCGGGCUCCACUCAUGUCCUAAGGCUACAUGGGCACGCUGUCUGUUAAUCAUUGUAGCUCACCUCGUCACUUAUUUCCAGUCCUUCUUUUAGUGACAUCCUGUGCUCAGUGGAGUAACUGCAUCUUCAAAAGGAACUCCUUGAAUGCCAAGUGUGCUUAAGACAGGGUGUGAAGAGUUUCUGUGUGUGUGUGUGUGUGUGUGUGUGUUUUUAUGAAUGCAUGUGCUUUGGACUUGCUGUUAAGGAGCAAAAAGUGGAGGUGGGUGCAGCUUCCAUGGCUCAGGAAAAGAAGAGAGAAAAGACAGCAGGAGUGCUUCCUCCAGAUGGUGGCUGGGGCUGGAUGAUUGUGGCCGGCUGUUUCAUGGUUACUGUCUGCACUCGUGCUGUAACAAGAUGCAUCUCCAUUUUUUUUGUUGAAUUUCAAAUGCAUUUUGCACAUGAUUACUCUGGGACCGCAUGGAUCCACUCGUUAGUAGACUGCACCACCAUGCUGUGUGCUCCUCUGGGCAGUCUGAUUGGGAAUCAGCUCUCAUGUCGUGUGGCUGUGAUACUUGGGGGAUUCUUAGCCUCUACUGGAAUGGUGCUUAGCUCUUUUGCCACCAGUUUAGAGUACCUCUACCUCUCUCUAGGUGUCUUAACUGGACUUGGCUUUGCUCUCUGUUACACACCAGCCAUUGCUAUGGUUGGAAUUUAUUUCUGCGAAAGGAAGUCUUUGGCUUAUGGCAUUGCUAUGUCUGGCAGCGGCAUUGGCACGUUCAUACUGGCCCCUGUGGUGCAGCUACUGAUAGAACACUACUCUUGGCGUGGUGCUCUGCUUAUCCUGGGAGGCUUGGUGGCCAACCUGUGUGUGUGUGGAGCUCUGCUAAGGCCUAUCACGCUCAAAGAAGAGGAAGCCUUGCCCUUGCCAAUGGACACUGAGUGUGGAUACAGUUCAACACCUCUCACAUGUGAUCAGAAAGAGACAAACAACAAAGAGCAGAAAAACACCAAACAAUGCUGCAUGCAAUUCAUGCAGGACUACCAUUUCCUGCUAAUGCCCGAUUUCCUGGUCUUGGCAGGCUCCUUCCUGCUCCUGGCCAGUGGCUGCAGCCUGCCGUUUGUUUACUUAGUGCCCUACGCACUAGAUGUUGGUGUCAGUCACCACCAUGCUGCUUUUCUUAUGUCUAUUUUAGGUGUCAUUGACAUUGUGGGCAAUAUAACCUUCGGCUGGCUCACAGACAGAAGGUGCUUGAAGAAGUACAGGAGCAUUUGUUACAUGGCUGCUGUGGGUAUGGAGGGUCUCUGCUGCUUCCUCAUCCCUCUCCUACAUACAUUUGCUCUGCUGGUGCCCUUCUCGGUGCUCUAUGGCUAUUUUGAUGGUGCUUAUGUGGCCCUUAUUCCUGUGGUGACUUCAGAUGUAGUGGGGACAGCAUGCCUGUCAUCUGCACUCGGUGUUGUGUAUUUCCUGCAUGGUAUUCCAUAUCUGCUGAGCCCACCUAUUGGAGGCUGGUUGGUGGACACCACAGGCACCUACACAGCGACGUUCUUUCUCAGUGGCUUUGCGCUCAUUUCCAGUGCUCUCCUGCUGUGUACCAUCACUGUGGUCCGCCACUGCCAGAGAAUUCAGAGGAACUCGCUUAGCAAAGUCACCACAGCAGAAACAUGUGAAGCCAAACAGGCAGACUUUUAUACUGCAAAAAUCUUAUAGAGUUGAACCUAUCAUUUAUAUGACCUGUUAUCUUUUAUUUUUGUACACAAUGCAAGUACAUAGACUUAAGUAGUUGGGGAAAACAUUUGUAGCAUUACCAGAUUUCCACAGUCUCAAAUCCCAUGAAUGUGCCUUUUCUAUCUUCUAAACAUUGGAAACAGAAAAGGUGGGUUAGAGUUGGUGCAUAUUGCAUCUAGUUUUUACAAAGUGUUUGUCCAAUAUAAUAUAUGAAAAUAAUUGUUCAAGACUUUAAGAUUAAGACUUCAUGAUUUUUUCUUUAAAUAGGCAAGACCAUGAUUCACUGCCACAAGAGGGCAGUGCUGAUUUAUUUAACUCACUAGUCUUGGACAUUGUUGGAUGCUGCCAUGUUGACACACAAUGUUUAUAUCAUGUACAUUGACAGGAUAAAUAGUUUUUAGUGACCGUUUUAUAAGCUAGUUUUACAUAUCAUCUUUAUUUUAUGGAAGCAAAAAGUGUUACAAUGUCUUUUGCAAUAAACAUGAAAAUAAAUUAUGAUUAAUAAAAGAUUAGCCCAGUGAAAUAUA